AUGUCUUCUCGGCUUACAGUACAGCGUCCGUCGCCUACGACGGCGCUAUUUACCGCUUCCAACGCGCCCGCACGUCGCACCUGGUCGUCGAAGCUUGCAUUUGGCAUCGAGGUCCUGUUACGUAUUCUGGGCUUUUUUUCGGUGUUACUUGUCAAUUUUGCCAAAGUUCGUCGCUUCAUAACAACCAAUGAUGGGAGCUGGGGGGUGUCACCUGAACUGUGGACAACGAAUGUGGGAUCUCUCACCUGUCGGAUUGCGGACCACUAUACGUGGCCAAUUGUGGCUAUAGCGAGCGCAAUAGUUACAUAUGCAGUUUGGAGGAAAGGAUAUACCGAGGAAUCCUUGUUAGUGAUUCGCGGUUUAGGCGUUCAGACUUCCACAUCGUCUUCCAUGUAUUGGUCUAGCGCUGCUACAAGAUUCAUACCAACAACCCAGAUACAAGAUAUUGUCAUACAUGAAGCUUUCAAGGGCUUUGAAGUUCGUUUCUAUCUGGCGAUAAUCGUGGAAGGUGAAAGUGGAGUCGUCGUUGUCUUUCCAAAUCUUCUACCGAAACGUACGCUUCUUGAAGAGGUCUGGCGUGGCGCUCGCCAGUGUCUCUACGAAUCCAAAACCGUGCCUCUACCGGGAUGA